AUGGACUCAAGUUCAACUCUAGCAUCAUCAUCCUUCCUCCUGAUCAAGUCAACUUCAAUCCCAUCUUUCCCAAUAUUGAAGAAGCAAAUUCAUUUUCAUUCUUAUAAGCCCCUUCACAGCAAGAAGUUGAUAAUCAUCAAUGCCUCUUCUGCUUCUUCUAACUCCUCCUCCACUUCAAACCCCUUCCUUUCCACCCUCAAGACCACCACCACUGCUGCUGUCAUUUUUGCGGUGGCCGUGUUUGGGUCCUUUGGGAAGUUCAAUAAACCAGCUAGAGCAAUUUUUCCAUUUCCACCAACUCCAACAUCACAGCAAAACAUUUCUGAUGCCAUCGGAGUCUUCAAAGAAGUUCUUCAACCCUUAAAGAAAUCCAACUCUGAGGCCACUGGGGCUGUGUUGGAAUCAGAGUUGCAUCAGAAACUGAAUCCUGAGGCCAUUGAGGCCUUGAAAACUUUGCUUCAGAAGAAACUGAAGGCUAGCAAGAAGAAAGAAUGCUUGGAUAUAUUGCACAAGUUAACCUCAGCUCAGCCAGAAAUCACAGAUUGGACGUUUCUUGCUGCAAGACUAUUGAAUGAAAUGGGGAAUACACAAGAAGCAAUAGAAGUUCUGUUGCCUAUUUUGCUGGAGGGUGAUCUGCCUUCUGUCUUGCCAAUGUUUGAGAUUUCAUUGUUGGUGGACUUGUCUGCACUCAAGAAACAUGUAAAGUGGUUAGAUGAAAAAAUCAGGGAGUCAUCAGAAGGUGUGGUUGAUCAGGAGAAGCAGGGGAAAUCCAGUGCAAAGACUAAGACUUUCAGCAUACAAACAUAA